AUGAUGAGUUUAUACCAUCAUCAGUAUCUACAUGCAGGCAUUUGUCGAACCUGCCCCUCUUGCCAGAGCACAGCUCCUGAGCCCCGCCCCCUCAGCCUGACGGACAGCCAGGGGCGGGACUUGCGUCUGGAGGGGCACGGGGGCGUUUACGUGCGAGUUUGCGGAGCGGUGUGUCGCGGUGAAUGGGUGACUGAGGUCCCGCAGCGAAUCGUGCCCUUCUGGGGCUGGAGUGCACGGUGUCGUGGAGCAGUCGGCACAGAGACAUGUGAAGUUCAUUCAUGCUGUCCAUUCGCCCCCAGAUGCUCAUGGGAUAGAAACGUUUUGUAA